AAUUGGUACCGGGGUCAAAUUCAGAUACUUUGAGGUGACCGCCUAACAGGAAGCAGACCAUGCCGGACCCGUUCAUAUUCCUGGACAAAUGGACGACGUGGACGCGACUGACCGGGAACGCCGACGACGACUGGGCGGACCGGCUCAACCACAUUGUUACCGUUGUACUUCUGAUAGCGUUCUCCGUCUUUGUCGUUGGCGGCUCGUACAUGGACGAGAGGAUAGCCUGCUGGAUGCCCGGAGAAUACACGGCUCACAUGGCGAAGUACACAGUGAACUACUGCUGGGUCCAGAAUACGUAUUUCAUUCCCAUGGAAGAGAACGUUCCCAAGGGAAAUAACCGCGAGCACGAGCUCACGUACUACCAGUACGUCCCCAUGAUCCUGCUCUUCAGCGCUCUUCUGUUCAAGCUUCCCAGUGUGGUAUGGCGGGCGUUUUCUGGGUUUUCCGGUGUGGACAUCCGGAAGUUGGUCGAGAUGACGGCUGAAGCGCACUACGUAGAUGACGCCAAAAGGGACGCCAAGAUAGAGGAGAUUGUGUGCACCAUAGACCGUUGGCUCGAGGGCAACCGACAAUACCACUGGAACUGUCUUGUGCGCAUGCGCCAAAAACUGUCACGCCUCUGCUUCUGUCUGAAUCGCCGCGAGGGAACUUAUCUCACCGGCCUAUACCUUAUAUCCAAGCUGAUGUUUUGUGUCAACGUGGUCUGCCAAUUCUACAUACUUGACGCUUUCCUGGGUGGUUUCUACAGUUACUGGGGGAUUGAAGCCAUCCGCACCCUAGCAGUGGAGCACCAACUGAAGGAGAGCCGCCGGUUUCCACGGGUAUCGCUUUGUAGCUUCAGCGUUCGUGGCAUACAACAAAAGGAUCACACAGUGCAGUGUGUCCUUCCCCUCAAUCUAUUCAACGAGAAGAUCUUCCUGUUUCUGUGGUUCUGGUUCGUCUUUGUUGCCAUUUCAACCGGCGCAAACCUCAUGUCCUGGAUCUGGCACCUCAUCGUCCGCAGAAAUCGGGUCUCCUUCGUGAAAAAGUACUUGAAAAUCAAGGGCAGAUUACAAACUACGACCGACAAAAGCCUGUGUACCAAAUUCGGCAAUUAUCUGCGCGACGACGGAAUUUUCCUUCUCCAACUUCUCGCCCGGAACUCUAACCCACUUCACGUGACUGACGUCAUAAACGGCCUUUGGGACCGCUUCCUGGAAAAACCCAUCUCAAAGAAAGUGCUCGCUGACCUACGUCCGCCAAAUGUACAGAACAACAACAAGGGGGACAACAGAGCUAGUUAUAUAUGACUUGUGUAGUGGACUAUAGGUGCAUCAGGUAUACAGUUGUGAAAUCUGGGGAAAUCAAUUGCAUGCAGAAAUAAAUGAAAUGUAUAACAAUGAAAUUUGCAUUUUGGUAAAAUUGUGUCAGAAAUUUUUAAAAUUUAUUUUAUUUUCGUAGAUUCAGAUCAAUUUAUAAUAAUAAUAAUAAUAAUAAUAAUAAUAAUAAUAAUAAUAAUAAUAAUAAUAUCGAUUUUACAUAUUGAUUUUAAUGUGUUUUUUUGUAUAUUUUUAAAUCUGCUACUAACUAUAUAUAUUUUUAUUUAUUCAUUGCUUUUAUUCAUGGCUUGAAAUCAGCAAAUAGGAAAUGUACUUGUACAAACUGGUUAUGGGGCAAUUGUGUAUGAAAUAUAAAGGGAAUGAAACAAUUCACGCAUUUUACCACAUUAACUUUUUCCCUCUCUUUCUCUUAAUAACAUUGAGAAAAACAACUUGAUCUUAAAAGUACUCGCCCUUGGUUUUAAAAUGCACUUUUGUAUUACGAAAUAAACUGUGGCAAAUCAUAAGGAGUGUUAAAACUAUGAUACUGAUAGAUGGAGCCCUUAACCAAAUGCUGAUAUUUGUUGAAAUGAAAAAAAAAAACAGUGUACAUUGACAAUUUUAGCAAGCACGUUGUUUUCACUCCUUAAAUGUUUUAAUUUUAAUGCUUCUGAUCUAAAGUCGAACAACUGUAAGUAUUUUAUUUGCUUAAAUCAUGUGUUAAUUUGUAAAUAGAUGUUUUUCUCUCCAUUAGUUUAAUGCAAAGUCGUUUCUUUUUAAGUUACAAUAUCUUAUUCUUGUAAAUAACUUUGUUCAUGCAUUUCAUGAAGUGGUAAAGUAUAUGCAGCUAUACAGCAGAUUGAUUAAAUAUGAAAUUAUUCAUUGUCAACUUCGUGUACAGAAAAAAGUGUAUCAUUAAAAUUAGUUGAAAAACAUUGUGAGAAUCAUUUUUCUUAAGGUUCAAGUGUUGAAAAUGAAUAUUCUUCUCUGUAUGUGUAUAUUAGUGUUCAUAUUA